AUGGCUUUUUUAUUGAAUGAUGGUACAUCCAAACCAUCAUUUCGUAAAAGUUAUUCUAUUGAAUAUGGAUAUAAACCACGAAAACGAACAUUAAUUGCUGAUGCUGAAUUUGAUCGUGAACAACAUGAUGAAGAACAACAUAAACAUCAACAUCAACAUAUAAAACAUGAUGAACAAGUGAAAGAAGAAUGUACUUAUACAAUAUUAGUUACAAUUAAGGAUAAAAAAAGUGCAUCAAUACUAAAUUUAAUUAAUACAUUUAGUCGUGAUGGACUCAAGGUACAACAUAUGGAAACACGUCCAACUGUUGUAUCACCUGAUAAAAACCUAUCAUCUACUGGUCUUGAUAUUUUUAUGGAAGUUCUAUGUACGGAUAAACUUAUGGAUGAUCUUAAACGAGAUUUAUUUCAAUCGGAUUCAAAAUUUAUUAUUAAAAAUAUCAAGACUCAUGCAGCUACAUUAGGUAAAGAAUCAAAGGAAACAAAUAAUGAAAAUGACACAAAUGAUAUUAUUUGGUUUCC